CUGAGUCCAGCCCCGGGCCGCUAGGGGCAGCUCCAGCAGCCCCUGAGCUCUCCUCGAAACCUCGGAAUCUAAGAGGAUGGAGCCCAAUACCUGUAAGACCAGUGAAUCUGAGGAAGACUAUGUUGAGGAAGAGGAGUCUGAGGAAGAGUGCGUUAGAGAGGAAGCUACCAGCCCAAACGCUUCCCAGCAGGCACUUGCAAAGCCUGACUAUAAAGAACAUGAAAAUGAAGUUGCUUUAUCUAUUGUAGCCAAGAAAGUUCCUAAGAAAACCAUAAGUAUAACCAACAUUGAUGAUUUGGAAGUCGGGAGGAGGAAGAGAAAGAGAAAACGAAGGGUCCUGGCCAUCAAUCUGACCAACUGCAAGUAUGAGAGUGUGCGCCGGGCAGCCCAAAUGUGUGGCCUGAAGGAGGUAGGAGAGGAUGAAGAGUGGACUGUGUACUGGACAGACUGUUCUGUCUCACUGGAACGAGUCAUGGACAUGAAGAGGUUUCAGAAAAUCAACCACUUCCCUGGCAUGACAGAAAUCUGCCGCAAAGACCUGCUGGCUCGGAACCUCAACCGCAUGCAGAAGCUCUACCCUACUGAGUAUCACAUCUUCCCACGAACCUGGUGCCUCCCUGCAGACUAUGGGGAGUUCCAGGCCUACGGUCGUCAGCGGAAAACCCGCACUUAUAUCUGCAAGCCAGAUAGCGGCUGUCAGGGGCGUGGCAUCUUUAUCACCAGAACCCCCAAGGAAAUCAAGCCAGGAGAGCAUAUGAUCUGCCAGCAGUACAUCACCAAGCCCUUCCUCAUUGAUGGCUUCAAGUUUGACAUGCGAAUCUAUGUUCUGAUCACUUCCUGUGACCCUCUCCGGAUCUUCAUGUAUGAGGAAGGCCUGGCCCGUUUUGCCACCAUGCCAUAUGUGGAACCUAGCCAUAACAACCUGGAGGAGGUCUGCAUGCACCUGACCAACUACGCGAUCAAUAAACACAACGAGAAUUUUGUCCGAGAUGAUGCCGUGGGCAGCAAGAGGAAGCUGUCGACACUCAAUGCCUGGCUGCGAGAACACAGCUAUGACCCCCGAGAGAUGUGGGGGGACAUCGAAGACAUCAUCAUCAAAACCAUCAUCUCAGCCCACUCUGUUCUUCGUCACAACUAUCGCACCUGCUUCCCCCAAUACCUGUGUGGAGGCACAUGCGCCUGCUUUGAGAUCCUGGGCUUUGACAUCUUACUGGACCACAAGCUCAAGCCCUGGCUUCUAGAGGUAAACCACUCCCCAAGCUUCACCACAGACUCCCGCCUGGAUCGAGAGGUGAAGGAUGCGCUUCUCUGUGACGCCAUGAACCUCGUCAACCUCCGGGGCUGUGACAAAAAGAAGGUGAUUGAAGAAGACAAGCGUCGAGUCAAGGAAAGGCUUUUCCUAUGCCACCAACAGCCACGAGAAGUCAGGCGAGAACAAAUCGAGUCAUCCCAGGCCGCCAUGCAGGACCAGGAACGCUAUGAAGAUUCCCACUUGGGGGGAUACCGGCGGAUCUACCCCGGGCCUGAUUCAGACAAAUACGCGCCCUUCUUCAAGCACAAUGGCUCCCUGUUCCAGGAGACUGCUGCCUCCAAGGCCAGAGAGGAGUGUGCCAGGCAGCAACUAGAAGAGAUUCGCCUAAAGCAGGAACAGCAGGAGAACCCAGGCACCAAGAAGCGAAAGGAAAACAAGGACCAGAACCAGGGUGAAUCAGCUGGGGAGAAAAGCCGUGCCAGAGCAAUGACACGGUGCUUUGCCACCAACUUGCCUUACAGGAGCCGGAACCGGGACAAAGAGCUGCUCCCAGUACACCUGGACACUAUGCAGCCUCAGGACAUUAUAGAAGAGGAAGAGCUUGAGCGGAUGAAGCUCCUGUUACAAAGAGAGAAUCUCAUCAGAAGCCUGGGUAUUGUAGAGCAGCUCACCCGCAUGCUGUACCCCAGCCACCGGGGCCACAGAAAGCUUCAUGAGUAUCGGUCCAGGAACUUCAACGGGAUAGGAGAUUCAGCAGCCAUUGGUCCCUGUUCAGUGUCAAUGAAGAAGUCUGGGAAGCACUCUUUUUCCAGCUCUAGAGUCAGGCUCACUAGCCAAGGCCAAGCCAGCAGAAGGCUAGAAGCCAUAAACCGAGCCCUGACUGGAUCAGUGCCAUCCACUUUAACCCCAAAGCAGGGCUAUCUUCUGCAUCCCGAAAGACAGGAAAGUGACUCAUGGACCGAGCCCUCCGUGGUAAACUCUGAACACAGAGGAGCCAAUGGGAACCUCACCCUAUGCCCAGCCUCUGCACCAAUGCUGUAGCAUUCCAGCCCGCUCCUUAACAUCAUC